AUGAAGGCUGUUGUGAUUAACAAGUUUGUGCAGAAUUAUGCUGAAGUUCAUGUCUCCGAAAUCCCCGUUCCCAGUCCCAAUAAUGACGAGAUUCUCAUCCAUGUGAAAGCCGCGGGAGUAAACUUUGUCGACACCCUCUAUUCUCGAGGUCUCCAUCAGAAUAACCGCAGGCAUGUCACUCCUCCGUUCACUUUGGGCCUCGAGUUCGCCGGUGAGGUCAUCUCUGCACCGGCAUCGUGUUCUUUUCCUCCGGGUUGCCGAGUCUUUGGUGCCUGCUUGGGCGCCUAUGCCGAAUACUUGGCAUUGCCUGCUUCGAAUGCCACGGCCUUGCAUCACAUGCCGCCUGCUUGGUCUUACCGACAAGCUGCCUCAUUGGGCGCGACUCUGCCCGUCUCGUACGGUGCUCUCAAGCUUCGCGGCGCUCUGAAAUCUGGAGAAACUGUCCUCGUCCAUUCCGCAGCAGGCGGGCUGGGUCUGGCCGCUGUGCAAUUGGCCAGGGCCCUUGGCUGCCGGGUAAUCGGAACAGCUGGGUCAACGCUCAAGUGCGCGAUUGCAGAGAGGUUCGGCGCUGAAAAAUGUAUCAACUAUACUGCCAAUACAAAAUGGUGGGAAGAGGUAAAUCGCCUGACAGGCCAGAAAGGCGUGGACAUUGUCUUCGACUCUGUGGGCUUGGUAAGCGAUAGUCUACGCUGUCUAGUACACCGAGGUCGGUUGCUUGUCAUGGGGUUUGCUGGACGAGAAGGUAAUCUGGAAGCCGUCAAGAUGAAUCGAGUCUUGCUCUCUCAAGCCAUCAUUAUUGGUUAUGUCAGUAUUCAACUCCCACUCCUCUCCCCACAAAAGCUGCGUUUUGGAGAAUCAGAGCGACGCGACCCGGCAGAGUCUGUGCAGAUAUGGACGGAAUUAUUGCCAUUGAUCGAGGCUGGUCAGAUCAAGCCGGCCGUCUACGCCGGUAAGUACCAGGGCUUGGAAAGCGUGCCGACGGCUCUUGAAGAUAUAGCUGCUCGUAGAGUGUGGGGGAAGGCGGUCAUACAGAUUAGCACGGCAGAUGAUCAGAGCGAAAGAGCACAGCUGUGA